CGUAGCACCAGACGUCAGUGUUUACAUCAGGGGAACGGAAAUGGUGUUCAAGCAACAUGGUAGAAAUGUGAUGUUAUUAGCAGCGAGACAGCUACAUUUUAAAGGGCUACAGAGAUCGUAUUAACGAAAACCCUUUGCUCUGAAACGAGAGAAAACAAAUUGAAACACAAGGAUUCAUUUAUUGUGCACAUGUUGCUUUCUCUUUGGUCAACUGUUGUCUAGAAAUCGUCAGCUGAAAUGUCCACACCUGCCCCAUCAUCACUUCAUCAAGCGCUGAGGAAAGGCUUCAGUAGUCUGAAAAACAAUCAGAAAGUAUGGAGGAGCGUGCUGGCCGAGUGCGGCCCUCUGAUGGCGUCUCUCGGGAAUUUGGCAGAGCAGUCCAGGGCGCUGUCCAACGUCCAAAUCUCCAGCACGCCGCUCAGAGACUUCCCUGACCUGGAGGAUCGGCUGCGCUUCAAGCUCUCGCAAGCCACGGACACCGUGCUAGGCCAGCUCAACGAGAAGAUGUCUUCUCUCCAGUCUGUCCGAGAUGCCAUCAGCAACCAGGUCUCUGCGGCCGUCCAGUUGUACGAGCAGAACACAGACAGUCUGGAUGUCCUGGCUGUAACUGAGCGCUCCGCCACCACCCCGUCCAUCGCUGACAUGCUGGAGUGGCUGCAGGAUGCUGAGCGUCACUAUCGGCAACAAUUUCUGAGGAGGAAAACUCUUCUUCAGAUGCUGAGAGCAGACAAUCUCUCCCUUUUAGAAUCUGCUCCCAAGAGAUGGAAAUCCUUGGAGUCUCCUAGUACAGAAGACUGCAUCACAGAUGCACUUUGCAAAGUGUCGCUCUUCAUGGAGUCCCAAUGAAGAGAGUUAAAAGUAACACGAGUGGAACUCAGACCAGUUUGUGAAUUUGGCAGCAUUUUUACGAGGACGCUGGAAGAGAAGAACCAGAUGAGAAAAACUAAACUAACAUCACUAAAACUAAACUGACUAAACAUACUGUACAUGUGUAAAUUGGAUGGAUACUUGGAUGCUAGGGUGAGGACUGGAUUUUUAUUUGGUCAGGAAAAAUGAGUCCAGAUCUGUUCUUGGAUGGGAAGUAUCUGCACAUAUCAGACUGUAUAUACAAGUAGUAAUACAAGAUGGAAGAGAAGAUGACGAAGAGGAUUACCGCGUAUCGAAAGAUGCCUCUAUCCACAGAAGGGCAUUGUGGCAUCAUUUCAUACUUAAGUGUUGAUACAGUGAAAAUAACUGUACCAUUCUGUUGUCUGUAAUGGCAAAAAUCACCCCAAAGCAAAUAUAUUUUUCAGGAAAAUCCGGCACACACAAGGAGAAAGACAGGCCCAACAUACGGUAGUUAGUUAAGCACGCUUUACCAAACUUAUUUUAUUUCACAGUUUUGAUGUAUGCAAAAUGACUCAAGGCUUUUAAGGUUCAAAUCAAGGGGUGAUGACACUGUCAAAGAAUGACUGAUUGAGAAAUCACUGCAAUCUUCACAACACAAACCCUCAUAAAAGCCACCUUAAAAUUCAUGCUUUUUUUUGUGAAUGCCGUUGAUUUGACAGUAUAGGCACUGGGCCUUCUUCAGGCACGACUAUAAAUCACAGUGCAGCAAAAGUCAAAUGUCAAAGGCACACGAAUGUUUGCAGGUACUGAAGACAAGUUUAAAAUUACAAAGAGAUAUACAAACUAAUCAAGAUAUAGGUUAGCUUGUAGCUUGAAAUUCAAAGACUUAAAACCCGGGACAGUAAAUUUAGGGCAAGAACCGGAGUUACACAGUUCCCCCUCUCUCCACCUGCCGCUAUUCCUUCUUCCUCUUCCUAUACAUACUCCUUCAGUGGUAGACUAUUGGAUGUGAUAGGUUUUGGGGGAUCUGGUGCUGAAGCGGGUGAAUUAGCAAAGCUCCGGCCUAUGUAACCCCUGCGGUAUCUGCCACUCCUCUCAAUGAGGGGGCACGUGCUGCUCAACACAGCUCCGCUGAUCAUUAGAAUAACCGCAGCCGCCCAGCCCAGAUAAAUGGCCUGACCCAGCUCUCUUUUGUGCAUCAAGGGCACGUUGGGGUUGUAGAAAUCCUGUACGACGGUGUUAGCAGUCCAGGAAACGGGAAUCAAAACGCACAGGCCCGUGAGAAUGAAGAGAACCCCGCCUGACAGCGCGAUACCGGCCUUUGCCCGGCGGUCGUCCCCGGCGCAGGUGGUGCACUUCAUGCCACAGCAGGAAACGGUGCAGGAGAGCCAGCCCAUGAAGAUGGCCAAACACAUGAGGGCGCGGGCCGCCUGGAUGUCCGGAGGUAACGCCAGCAGGGAAUCGUAUGUCUUGCACUGCAUGUGACCAGUAGUCUGGUAGAUGCAGUUCAUCCAGAUGCCUUCCCAUUUGAUCUCCGAGGUCAGGAUGUUGCUACCAAUGAAGGCCGAGACCUUCCACUGAGGCAGGGCCGUGACGGCGAUCGCCAUGAUCCAGCCGGUCACCGCGCAGGUGAAGCUGAUCAGCUGCAUGCCAGUGUUCACCAUGAUGACAACACUUCUUUAGUCUCACUGCUUCCACUGAGCAAUUACCAAUUUCUUUUACUACCCCGGUUGCCUCUUUGGCGAGAUCGUAUUUUUGUUCUUAUCCUUCUUUCGGUUUUCAGAGUCUACUGCUUUGGUUUACUUGUCUUUCUGUUGUUUGGCCUGGCCAAGCCUUACGGUCCUCGGCCCAGUGUCACUUUGUCAGCAGCCAUUUUCUUCUCUUUUUCUUUUUCUCUUCAACAUCUGCCCACUGUUUUCACUUCCACGUGUCCUCAAUACCCUGGGUUAUCCAGACGUAAUCGCCUGCUUUCUCUUGACAGUCAUCCACCUCUUCAAAGCACCAGAGCUCACACACUUUCCCCUCCUUUUCACUCCUGAGUUUGAGUCAAUGCAUUAUUGAGUAGCCGAUAGCUGUGCAGCCGCCUGUGGCAGCCGUCAGGAGCGGGAUCAAUCAGGCUUCACAGUCCUGGCCUUGUUGAUGAAAUGGAUCUCAGCCAGGCUCUUUUUUUUUUGUU